UGUUCUUUAGCUUUUCUACUCUUGAGUGACCUCGCUUGAUUCCUUGUCUCAAUCUUAAUCUGACCCUUCUCAAGGUGCUUUGCCUAACUUGACCAUCAAAAUUACCACCCUUGAAUUACACCCGGGACCUCUAACAUAUGUUCUCUUCUUGCUCUUUAGCAAAAUUACCUUUUCACCCUUGGCCUUAUCCUACGCAGCAACAGAAUCCCUGUAUAAUGGAAGUAAUAAAUCAGUUACAAUAAUAUAGCAAAAGAAACAAUUUCGUGGUUAAACCUUAGUGGCAAGUUCCAAUUCAAUUCUGUUGAGUUGUUGUUGGUCCUGAUGUUUCAUCAAGUCCUCGGCGGUAGCCUUAACCGUUUGAACGUUCUGGCCUUGAAUUUCAUUUUUAGCGGGGGGUAAAAAUGGUAAAAAAAAUUUAAGAACUCCGAUGACGGUAAUCAGUAAUCGAAUGGAAUAGAUUUUCUUUCGUUGUGAUUUGCUAUUUUCCCUCCUUCAAUCUUCGGUUAGGAACGGCUCCUCUCCUCAACUUCUCUAGUCCUCCAUUGAAGACUUGUUGAAGAUUGAGGUUUGAGUCUCUUGACAGGCGACCAAGGUGAGAAGUGAGAUCUCAAAACAGAGUACCCACCGUAACAUAAAGUGAAGAAGAAAAAAGAAGCGGACACUAUUGAUUCAAGCCAUUUUCAGGUAAACAUAAAAUAAGAAACAAAGGAGAAAGGGUUAGGGUGUGUUGGGGCGUUGGGUUAAGGCCUUGAGGGUAGCAAACCGGAGGCUUGAGAGUCGGGCCAGAGGAUCGUGACCUGUGACUCGUGAGGGUUAGGUUCGAAAUUGAAGCUCGAAAGAGUAGUAGGGAGUAGACGACGACUGGAGUUCGAUUGUUCCAUCUAUUGAUUGUACAGCCUCCUGUCCCACCGAAGACGUCUGUGGAGUUGAUCGAGUUCUUUCUCGACUAAAGCUUAGGAAUUUGAGUUCGAGGUUGCAAAGUUGAGGUAGAUUUUUGUAUUUAUUCCACCUUAAUUUUCCUGAAUAUAGCUCAAGAAGGAAAAAGGACAUGCUAAGAGAAUCACAGUCUCAAAUUGCCGAACUGAUUAGAAGAUCGGGCUUUAGACUUACCAAACUCCAUGCAAAUCAGUUGCAAGUUGGUGAUCAACCGUUUCCAGCAUCUACAAAAUAUCUUCCUGUGCCCCACAGUUCAAUGCCGAGUUCUUCUUUCAUUCCGUUGCUGUGUUGCCGUUACAUGCCAUUGGUUUCAACUUCUGUUAUUUUUCCUCUUCGUUGGCCAUUCUCACCUUCUUCCAAUUUUAGAUGCUUCUCGGGUAAUGCCACUGAGUCAACCAGGAAGCAAACAUUCAUCCAAGGCUGUGAUUAUGAGCAUUGGCUUGUUGUUAUGGAGCCUCCCAAGGGGAACCCACUUCGAGAUGACAUCAUUGACAUAUACAUCAAAACUCUAUCCAUGGCCUUGGGAAGUACAGAGGAAGCAAAGAAGUCUAUUUAUUCAGUUUCGACCAAGUAUUACUAUGCCUUUGGGUGCAAACUUUCCCAGAAAUUUAUUAACAAGCUCAACUCCUUGCCAAAUGUGAGGUGGGUUCUACCUGAUUCUUAUUUAUAUGCCAGUGAGAAUGAUUAUGGAGUUAAGGUUUUCCCCGUAUGCUUCCAGACUCUGGAUUCUUCCUUUGUUUUCUUAUUUUGGCAUUAGUGACAAAAGUUCUACCUAUUCAAAGAAAAAUCAGAAAAUGAUAAUGUAUUUUUAAAAGGGCCAUUACUAAAUGGUGAUUCUGGCACUCUAGGGUCUUGGGAGAGGAGAACCAUUCAUUGAUGGAAAGGUUGUUCCAUAUGAAGACAAGUACCAUGUAGAUUGGCUGGAAGACCGAAAUGAUUCCAGAUCUGGAAACCCAAGGCCUUUCAAGGAAACACUAAAGAGAAGAUAAAAAGAUACAAUUUCUGGUCAUAUAUCUAGAUCCAGAGCUUACAAAGACCAGGCUUGCAGGUAUGUGCCUUAAACACUUGUCUUGUAAUACUGCACCUAGGAAGAAGAAGAAGAAUACCCAAAUCAUGGAUAGAGGAUAAACAGAAGUCAUCCUGUCCGAAUUGACAUAUCCAGCAUUGAUGAAACCUGGUAUUGAUUAACCCUAGUAAGAAAUGUAUGAGAAUAUCAUUGAACAAACGAUGCUUAUACCAUUGAAGUUUUGCCUUUGAUAUUUCUGAGCUGGUAUCAGGAUAAAACAGCAAUUGUAAGAUGCAUAUUAACGGACUCCCAACUUGAUAAAAAUAAUUUGUUGGGUGCUGGACAUUUGUCCCAUGAUUGGAAUGAUUUCAUGGAAGUUGAAGGCCUCAAUUCUUCUUUUCUCUUAGCGUACUAUACCUGAAGGUUUUGCAAGAAGAUUUACAAUAAUAUUCUGGCAUCUUGUCUUUGAUCCAGAUCA